AUGGCGGCCCCCCGACGCAGAAAGAUUGGUCAUCGACGACGCAUCGAGGAUGAGGAAGAUGGAGAAGGUGGUCCUGAUCAGCUCGACCUCGAUGACGACUCCAUGACCGAGGGUUCCAUCAUUAGUGACGACCACGAUCACGGCAACGAUAGCGAUACUAGCAACAUCGACGAGGCCUCCCCCAUCACCCCGAACGCAAGGAAGUCUGCUGGAAAUGGAGCCGCGAAGCAUGCUGCCCGGGACCCCUCGGCGCCCGCCAACAACAAAUCUGUAUCCGAUGCCGAUGCCAUGCUUCAGGGCCUUUCCGUCAGCGACCGUCCCGAGCCUGUGCAAGAGCUCCAGCUCGACGACCCCGCUGUAUCGCCGCCCAAGUCUUCCGCUCCUCUUGUCGUGAGCUCCAACUCGUCCCGCCCCGCGGAGCCCGUCGGCGAGCGUCGUCGUCGGGAGCACGAGGAAUACAAGAAGAAAAGGGACGAAGACCCCGCCUUCGUUCCCAACAGGGGGGCCUUCUUCAUGCACGAUCAUCGCCAUGCCGGUCCUUCUGCUAAUGGCUUCCGGCCUUUUGGCAGAGGUCGUGGACGUGGCCGUGGUGGAGGCAUCGGAGGCCCCUACGCUCCCAUGAAUCCGACCGAUCCUCUGACCAGUGGUCAAUGGGCACAUGAUAUGCAUGAGACCGUCGCCGACCCGCUGCCCUCGAGACAACCAAGGCAUCUGCCCGAGGAAGAGGGACCGGCCAACGGCAACGGCUUCAUCCCGACAUGCCCGUCCAACCCGACCCCCAUCAACAGGACUCUGUCCACCGAGCGACACAUCGGCAACGUGCAGGUGAGGGUGUCCCUUCCCGUCACCGGGAAAGGUCCUGCUGCGUUUAGCAUGCCAGUCAAACAAUACACCAAACUUCCAGACCACCGCCCGCCCCUGCGUCGCGACAAGCCAGUCCGCAUCUCCCUGCCAGACAACCCGCCCAAGUACAUCUUCCCCGCCGUCGACCGAUCCUUCAUCUUCAUUCCCCGUGCCAUGCGGCCGAACCAGCAGCGGACCCGGGGCAAGCCUCGCUCCGGCCUUGGUUCGAUGGGAGGGUUUUCUAGACGGACCAGCGUUUUUGGCGGAAGCUACUACGGCAGCGCCUAUUCUCCGAGCAUUGCUCUCAGCCGUCGCUCCUCGUUGGCACCUGAUGGUCGUGAAUACCUCUUCUCGCCCACAGGCUCUGUCAUGUCGAGAGCUCCUGUGCCAGUCGAAAAUUCCAGACCUGUUGUCAGGCUGCCGCCCGCGAGCCACCCUCAUCAACCCUUCGUUCCUAAUCAGCCGUUUGUUGGGCAGGAUGGCAUGCCCAUGCAGCCAAUGCACGCUAUGCACCCGAAUGAGACGUCCAUCAACGAUUUGCCGCAGCCACAAACCCACCCGUUGCCUCAGAAGCCUGCAUUCCAGGAGAACCGGCCAAGCCAGAUUCCUAUGCAUCAGCCUCGCCCGCAAAAGGCAGUAUCGGUCACAAACAUUGAAUCGCCGACCCUCAACCAAGGCCCGCAAGCUUUCCAGCAGGCUUUCCACCAGCAGGUUCCUGUACAGGUGUCUAACGGCCUACCUCAGGAAGCUCACUCACGACAACCGUCGUACCCCACGCAGCACUCAACUGGCACGCCUUUGUCUCAGAUCCCCGAGAGGGCGAUCCACGCUGCUCCUUUCCAGCCCAACUACCCGCCUCCGCAACAGAACUUCUACAACCAGCCUUACCCCAUGAUGCAGCAUCAACAACCGUACUUUUAUCCCGGACAGUACAAUGGUAACAGCAUGGGACCGGCAGCUGCGGCGCCGUCUUUUGCACCCCCCGGACAGCCGCCCCAGGGCCCUGGCUUCCCUCAACAAGGCCAGGUCGAUCCCGCGGGCGCUCAAGCAAACGGACAGGCCCCGGGAGGACCCAACUUGGUCGCCCAGGAGGUCAACGGUAUGGUUUACUAUUACGAUGCGGCUCAGCUUCCGCCCAUGAACACCUAUCAGGGCUACCAGCAGCCUCCCCCGCAAUUCGGACCCGGUGUUGGUGGCAUGGGCGGAAUCACGCCAAGCCCGGACGGUUUCUACUACCAGCAACCCGCACCCGGAAUGGUGUACUACUCGCAAUAG